GAGCCCGGGGUCAUCAUCCCCCUUCCAUUCCAUCGAACGCCUCUAAACCGGCCCUGAACUAAGCACCUGACCGCGUCUGAAUCUGCUCGCGAGUCGUUGUGGCCUGUCGUGGCUUGGCGCAACGGCCACCCCUCCAGUUUCUGAUUCAUGCAUGGGAUUCGUACCCUCAUUUCUUACUGUGUUCAUUAUAUGCAUGAAUCCCAUUGAGACUCGUUGCGAAGAGACUUAUCGGACGUAAGACCAAGUAAGUAAGUAGUGGAUUGGCGCUUAUCUCUCCGCGCGACUCAGUCGCGUAUUUCGCUCUUUAAAGCUUCAUUUCUCUCCUUGGCGACGGAAUUAUCAUAGCCCCCAUUUUCUCCUCACAGCUAGCUGCUUUCCAUCUCACUUGCCUCGAUUCUUGUCAGCAACCUGUUGUACAAAGUUUAGCAGCUCAGCUAUUGCCGGUUUUCGAGUACCGCCGCUAUCUCUGGCUCAUUCGGAUUCUCUGAGAUUUCCAGCUUUACCACACUCUUCUGGGAACUCUGAAGCUAUCCUACCGUUUAUGACUUUAUCGCCUCGAUUUCUCAAAGGUCAGCCUACUCGAGUCUUUUCUUGUCGACUCUCAAUAUCGUGUUGUAAUCAAGAUGGCGCGAAGCAUCGAUGUAGAAGAAGUCCUCUCCUCAGAAGAGGAACGUGAAUCUCAACACGAGUCUAGCCGUGAAGUUAGCGAACAAGUAGAGUUGGAGGAGGGUAUGGAUGACAUAUUUGUAGUUCGGGGUGAACCCUUGGGUUUCUGGUUCCAUGACCGGCUGCCGCGCAAUCAUGUCCGGACUUUGUCCAGAUUGGUCACGGAGCAUGGCGGGAAAAUCUGCCUUGAAGAAUCUGACGCAGAUGUCAUCAUCGCGAGCGAGAACUACAUUGACGUGUUUCAGCGCAAGUACUGGAGUCACCCAUCCGUGUAUACGGAACUACCUUCGUUCAUCAGAGAGUCGAUUGAACGUCGGAAAUUCGAGCCUCAUCUACCAGCCAGGAAAGGGAUGGGCGGUCCAUCAAAGUCUCGUAGAACUCGCACAGAAUUCACGUCGCUCGAUAGAGAGUGUCUGUGCAAGUUUCUAGCUCGUGUGGUACCCUCAAAGAGUCAAGGGGGACGCGCAGGAAAUGUUAUAUGGAAGAGGGCAGUUGAAGACGCUUACGAGUACGGAGAAAAUCAUAUCAAUGGAUGGGCCAAACGCCAUCCAUGGCAAGCCUGGCGCGAACAUUACAAGAUGCAUCAGGAAGAGUUAGACCCCAUAAUCGAGCGGCUAGCCAAGCAAAAUCCGCCCGUCAAUAAAGCUCUGUAUGAACGCGAUAGGAGGCGAGGCCGCGCAGGUAGGAAAGCAGUUCAACAUCAUGUAGACGAGGUCGAUAGUGGGGACGAGGAAGACGAGGAGGCCGAGCCUAACCAUAAUGGACCCGAAUCAGGCAAAAAGAGAGCCGCACGACAAGAGGAAGAGGAAGAGGAGGCAGAGGAGGUGGAGGUGGAGGGUGCAGAUGCAAAUGCUCCAAUCGUCAUCUCGGACUCUGAUGACAACUGGUCUGAUGACAACGACCCGUUCUGGAAGCCACAUUUAGUAGAUCCCGAUGACCCAGAGACGGGACCAUCCGGUUCUCGAUAUAGUGAGCCAACAUCGCCUAUAAAGAGCGUACGGCAUGACCCUGCAAUGGAUCCUCAUGCUGAACCCCAAUCUGUGUCUGGGAAGAUGGCUCAACGUCGUUUAUUGGCACAGAGUAGCCAGGCUCAACCCGUCACCUCUCCAAGUCGUAAUUUUCCAGCAAGUUCUCAGGUGACACUGGUGAACCCUACGCAAUCGAGUCGAACCCAUGAAGCGGACGAAGAUCAGGUGGCGAGCCAUGAUCACCCCCCGAUGGAUGGACCAUCUCCGGAUCGUGUCCAGUCUGUGCCAAAGCCUCGCAAAAAGCCGGCGAAACGACGACGUGUCGAAGUAGUCUUACCUCCCCCUGGCAUAAUCUUUACCGAAGGUCCACCUGCUCAAAACACCAGAGCUCGAUCUCGUUCCGUCGAACCAGUCCAGAUGAAUAUAUUGACGCGAAAGGGCAAGGGAAAGCAAAAGGCGACGAUGGAUAGAGUCGAAGAGAAUAUGGAUGAAGACGAGGAGCAGGACGUGUCUGACCUCUUGAACGCAGGCUCUGCAGCUAGUGGAGCUCGCGCCUCUGCACCUUCUCCUGAGCACUCUACGUACGGCUCAGAUGACGGGAGAACUCAAGAACAACUCUUCCUUCAGAAGAGGAUGUCCGACAUCGCUACUGAACCGCGAAGUCAAGCUACGCACCGUAUACACCAACCGCGUUACUCUUACGGGCGGGACAGUGACAAGGCGAGGUCCUUGAAUACACCAUCGGCAGGUCGGCGGACGUCCCUUCCAAACCAUAAUCAUCUCCUUACAAUCCCGCAGAAGCGAUCACGGUCAAGAGCUCAUGAUUUCAAGACGCCUGAUGCUACCCAGAAAGCUGAUUCGUCUGCAGUCUCAUCUUUCAAACCGCCUCCUGGUACACGUGCAGCCGCACUUGUUAAUGGCGCUAGGCAGCGGCCUGUGAAAUAGUCCUCACUUUCUGGAGUUUGAAGUACCGUUUUGGGUUCCCUAUGGGUCUUACGCUUCCCUUAUAUGGAUCAUAUUCGCUCCGGUCAAUUUAACCAGAUAAUACUGUCUAUAAUGCGUUUUAAUGAAUUUCUAGCUAACCAUGUUGCUAAUGAACACAACGAAUCAAUCGGUCCCGCAUCCGGACUCAGCUGGGCAAUUGGAUUGACCCAGAGCAUUCAUGAGGGCACCAUUCUGCAAAGUUGACAUUGAACCGUCAAGAAGAGAAUCUGAAUUUGAACUGGUGCAAAACGUACGGUAUUGUAAGUACAGGCUCCAUUGGGAUAAGCACAUUGAAUUGCUUGGCCAAACUCGAUUAAACGGCCGGUGCUGCCGUCGUUAUCC